AUCCUCACCGUGCUGCCGCGCGGGCCACCACGGACACGGCUGCGGAGGAUUGUCCGGCAGACCCAGAGCUGCCAGCGGCCGGCGAAGAGACGCAAUGCGAGGACGACGGAUGUGCUGGGAGACAGCAGUGACGAGGAGCGGGUGGAGGUCAUCUCGCUGCCGACACCACGACGCCUCCAGGUCACCAAAGCACGGGCCAAGCCCAGUCGUGUGCGCAGUGCUCCUGUCAGACGGCCAGCGAGGCGCCAUCGGCAGGCGGCUCCUUCCGAAUCGCGGCGUGGGCAUCCCAAGCCGAAGCAGCGGCCGAAGCCGAGCGCUCCAAGGCCCGCGGUGGUCGAGCUGGACGACGAAGACCAGGUCAUCGAAACGUGCAUUCCGUACGAGGAGGCAUUCUUCGGCUACAUGCCGAAGUCGCAGCCCAGCGCGCUGGACGCAGAGUGGCAGGGGCCCGCGACGGAGGAGGAAGCUGCAGCCGUGGCCGCCCCAGCCAGUGAGCUGCCCGAGGAGCCGCCUGCGGAGCUAACGCCGGCCGCUGACUCUGAAGCCGCUGCAGUGCCGGCAGCGCCACAACCGCUGGCACCAUCGUCGCCACUGCAAGCAGAAGAUCCUGCACCUCAAGACGAGGAGCAGGUCUCUGCGCAGAGUGCUGCUGCAGAUGCACCUGCAGCACCCAGCUGCCCAGAGCUGCCGAAGGUCGAUCUACCGGAAACACUGGAGCUGCCAAAAGCCGCAGAGCCAAGUCCGAUACCUCGGCCACCGGAACCUCCACCGGAGCCAAAAGUCUUCACUUCUCUGCCAGACAUCGGCCAGGAAGAGACUCGCCUCCCUGAGCCGCGCUAUUCGGAGGUCUACGUCGAGUGCGUCCGGAACAGUGCGCUCUUCGAUCGCUGCUGUGUGUGCUGGAAAAGCUUCAGCGCGGGACAACUCCGCUUGGGCUAUGUGCCAACGGUCUCCUUAUCCGAGGAGCCGCGUUGGGUGCACGCCCCACGGUGCCUUACAGGGGAUGGCCUCCGGCUGGAGCCACGCAGCAACUUCGCUGCCUUCGCCCCUUCGGUGCCCUUGGAAGAGCAGCAGCGCAUUCUGACAGUGCUGAGCUUGCUCCGUCCCUCACUCCCUGCCCGGGAUGCCGAGCAUCCUGUUUUGCGCCCACGGCUCUGGCGCUGGGGACCGGCGAUAUCGCAACGCUGGCUUCGCUGUGCCGUGCCCGCUCCUGGUGCACCCCGCGUCCUGGUGCAGUCCGAAAGGCGCUACACGGCUCCAAAUCCGAGCACUCUGUCCCGGCUCGCCCGCACGCUAUUGGUGCAGGGACUGCGUCAGCGUCCAUCUGACGAGGUCGUUGCACGCGCAACCCGUCGCAUCCAGAGGUCCAGUGCCCCACGGAGAGAGCCCACUGCCACAUCACAGCGUCCCCGCACAGAGGCACCGGCGCAAGAUGAAGGCAACAAUCGCGGGCGACGGCAGUGGCGGCGGCGAUCUGCUCUGGGUGAUAGGGCGGAGGAGUUCUUUGCCAUUGCUCCAGUGCUGACGCUGGACAAGGAUGUCACAGAGGAGGAGCCCUGCGUGAUCUGUCACGAGCAACUCAUGGCAGGCGACGAUGUGCGGCGCUUGCCUUGUUGCCACAUGUUCCACCGCUCCUGCAUCGACCGAUGGAUGCACACGAAGGCAGUAUGCCCUCUGGACAAGCUUACGGCAGCAGAGUUGAUCGCCGCCGCCCUCGGCGAGCGGGGCAGUGCGGCAUCGACAGGCAGCGGGGCGACUGCACCGGCCAGCUCUGCCGGCACUGCGCGCUGA